AUGGCCAUCGCGAUAACGUCGCAAGACUGCUCGAAACUCUAUUCGUCUGGAGCUGGGAAUUCGUGGGAGAGUACAUCGUCCGAGCUCCCCAUGAUUGGCGUUAUGUCUUACCACUAUCCACCACUCUCCCCUGCCGACCAUGAGAUGGGUAUGCCACCCCAAGGCUUCAUGCCUUCUUAUACGCUUCCUUCUCAACAACUCUCUUCAAUGACAAUGGUCGACCCUCACGCCCCAUCACUAGGUCAAGAUCAUAGUCUGGAUAUGAACGGGUCCUACUCAGCACCGAGCAAUGCCUCCUUACUGGCUUCUGAGGCAGAAGAGCAACAGCAAAACGGGAACUUGGGCGAGAAGAAAAGAAACAAGCUGGGUUACCAUCGUACUUCGGUGGCUUGUGGUCACUGCCGGCGCCGAAAGAUCAGAUGCAUCACGUCGCCUAAUGAUACACAAGGACGCUGUAUCAACUGCAUUCGUUUGAAGAAAGACUGCAGUUUCUUCCCUGUAGACCAGGCAUCGAUUGACGAUUCACGAAGCAAGCAAACAUCGAAAUCCUCUACAGCUCCAAAAGGAAGCUCGGCAACCUCGUCUCCGGCAACUCCGAUCAGCAACCCAGUUGAGCAGCCCAAGAAGACAAAGCCACCGUUUGUGCCAUCGUCAAAGAGACCUGGGCCAAUUGCAGUUCCCAAGAUUACAGAAGCUGAAGGCGUCAAGGGGUUUCCCCCUCAAACGAAAGCUUCAGGGACUUCACCUACAAGCAUGACCCCUCCAGAAGCCGGAAACCAACAUCCUGCCAGCUGGAUAAUUACAGCACCCGAGCAAAGCCCAACUUCGUCCUCGAAUUUGAGUACUCCAUGGCAUACAUAUGCCACAGGAUCUCCGAUGAGUGCGCAAUUCUCUCCAUUUACGUCAGUGAACCACUCCCCAUCUGGAUGGCCCCCUGUGAACUCGGAGCCAGUACCCCAGGGUGACGUGGACAUGGCUUGGGGUCAGUUUGCACCACCAACACGGUCCAUGUCGUACGGAGGGGAGCCCCUGUCCAGCAACCAUCCUUCUCAGUACUCUUUGAUGGCCCCAGGCCGACAAUUCGAGCGAAGGCCAUCCGCUUUGUCCGAUGCCUAUGCGACUUCUAUGAGCGGUAUGGUCCCUGGGUUCGAUAGCUCCGGCAUGAACACAACGGUCCCCUUCCCACCAAACGCGGUGUCUGCGACCAACUACCCAGCAUGGAGCCAAACACAGGCAUAUCCUGGAUACACAUAUGUGAAGAAUCCAGAGACUUACGGGGAUGAUUGGUCUCACGAAAGGAAGGGACAAGACCAGCAACUUCAGGGAAACUCUGGUCAACAGGUCAUAAGUAAUGCGGCCAUGAAUGCAUAUCAAACCCAACGAUAA